UGCGCUUGCGCGGGGCGGGGCUGCGCUUGCGCGCCGUAGGGCGUCACGUAAUGGAGGCUGACGGGAUGGCAGCGGCGGCCCGCGGUCCUGAAGGAAAUAACCUAAGAUCGAAAAUUGCACUUGUGGAGUAUUUUCGGAAAACUGGGGAGACGACACUAAAAGCAAAAGAUUUUGAUUUUACAGCUCCUUAUCAGAGUACACGUUCAAGGGUGAAAAAAUACGCCACAGAAGCUGUGAGAACUGUUUUAGAGAGUGAGGAUUGUCACAGUCAAGUGCAAGACCUCAGUGUACGAAACAGCGCAGAGGAUGGAAUUCAAAAUAUUCAGACUGGAAAUGAAAACCUGGGAGAAGUUACGUUCACUCUGGAAAGUGAAGAUUUGAUCAUGAGAGGCAUAAACCCAGAGGACUGUUUGAAAACCAAAAAAGGGGCAGGUGGAAAAAGUGUUCAGAAUAAGAAAACUAGAAAGAGCUCAGAAAAGAGGAACCAAGAUAAUACCCAAACCAAAAGACGGAGAAGAGUAUGUAACAAACAGGAAACUGAGUGCCUUCAAAACAAGAAAUUUUGUAGAAGGAAAGACAGGUGUGUCACUGAUAGUCAGGGCGUAGAUGAUCAGAAUGCAGACCCUGUGGAUGCAGGAAGAGCUCUGUUACGAAUGUCCAGGUCAAGGUCAGAUGCACAGUUGAGGUCAGUGACAGCUCUCUCACAAAGGGAGCUGGAGAGCCUGGCAGAGGAGGAAUGUGUGGAGACAGGUUCUAAUGACGCAUCCUCCGCAAGAUCUGAGGAGAGAACCAGCGGAUUCAAAAUACAGAAAGAGACAGAUCAAAGGAGGCCGGGUAACCAGGAUUUUAAAUCUGACACUGAAACGGAUGCUAACAUCUUGCAGCUGUGUGAUAAGACAAACUUCACAGCAGUUAAAAUGAUGCCAGAAGAGUCUAUACCACGAGCACAAGUGGAUAGGAGGAAAACGAGCCCGUAUUUUUCAAGUAGAUACAGUAAAGAAGCUCCCAGCCCACCUAGAAGGAAGGCUUUCAGAAAAUGGACUCCUCCACGUUCUCCUUUUAACCUGGUCCAAGAAACACUUUUCCAUGAUCCAUGGAAACUUCUCAUUGCAACCAUAUUUCUCAAUAAAACUUCAGGCAAAAUGGCGAUUCCUGUGCUCUGGGAGUUCCUUAAGAAGUAUCCUUCCCCUGAAAUAACCAGGGCUGCAGACUGGAAAGAAAUGUCACAUCUGCUCAAACCUCUUGGCCUCUACGAACUCAGAGCAAAAACCAUCAUCAAGUUCUCAGAUGAGUACCUGAGCAAGCAGUGGAAGUACCCCAUCGAGCUGCAUGGGAUCGGGAAGUACGGGAACGACUCCUACAGAAUCUUCUGUGUCAAUGAAUGGAAGGAGGUACAGCCGCAGGACCACAAGUUAAAUGUGUACCACGCCUGGCUCCGGGAGAACCGGGAGAGGCUGAGCAUAGACUGAGGGCAGCCGCACGUCCCCCCGUCCUGGCCAGCUGGCUCAGCACCGCGGCUGGCGCAUGCUCCCGUGCGUGACCCCAGCUGGAGGCCUGCCCGAGCCCUGUGAAACCCCUGCACUUGUUAAUAAAUGUUCCCCCGUUUCGUUUC